AUGCCUGGCACCUCGGGGACAGCUCGCACGUCGGGAACAGGGCCUGGCCCCUUGCUGCUGCUGCUGCUGCUGCUGCUGGCCUCGGGCCGGGUAGAACCACAGGCCUGCACGUAUCCAUGCCAGUGUCCCUCCCAGCCUCUGCAGUGCCCUGCUGGCACCAGCCACGUCUUGGAUGCUUGUGGUUGCUGCAAGGUGUGUGCCAGGCAGCUGGGUGAGCUCUGCUCCCUGCAGAAACCCUGCGACCAUCACAAGGGGCUCUACUGCGACUUCUCCAAGAUCCACAGAGGCAGUGGGAUCUGCCUGGCUCACGAGGGCGCCACUUGCGACCUGCUGGGCAAGAUCUACCUCAACGGGGAGAGCUUCCAGCCCAGCUGCAAGCUGCAGUGCAUCUGCAUGGACGGGGCCAUCGGCUGCAUCCCGCUGUGCGCCGAGGACCUGCGGCUGCCCUCCCCCCAGUGCCCCAGCCCCCGGCGCGUCAGGAUCCACAACAAGUGCUGCGAGGAGUGGACCUGUGAGGAGGGCACCGGGGAGAACCGCCUGGAAACGGCCAUGGCAGUUUUCAGGGAGGAUCCAGCACAGAAGCCAGAGCUGAAUAACCUGCAGGAGAACUGCUUGGUGCAGACCACGGAGUGGAGUGCCUGCUCCAAGAGCUGUGGCAUGGGCAUCUCUGCACGAGUGACCAACGACAACCCCCAGUGCCGCCUGGAGAAGGAGACCCGGCUCUGCAUGGUCCGGCCCUGCGACCUCCCUGUGGAGAAGACCAAGAAGGGCAAGAAGUGCGUGCGGACCCCAAGGCCACGCCAGAGCCUCCGCUUUGAGUUCUCAGGCUGCACCAGCAGCCGCUCCUACCGGCCCAGGUUCUGCGGGAGCUGCACGGACGGGCGCUGCUGCACCCCCGCCCUCCCCAGCACCGCCCCCGUGGAGUUCCGCUGCCCCGAGGGGGACUCCUUCCAGCGCAAGAUGAUGUUCAUCAAGGCGUGCUCCUGCCACCACGACUGCCCCCGGGACAACGACAUCUUCCUGGCCACGCACCACAGGAGGAUGAUCGGGGACCACGUGAAGACGGAGAGGCCGUAG